CUCCUCUUCCUCCUCGCUCACACAAACACGCUCUCUCACAAAGCCGUCAGCGAGAGCGGUGAUGCGGACGGCAUCACGGAGGACGGAGGUGCUCGGCUCCCAGCAGGUGCACCGGGGGGUGGGGGUGGCUCGAGCCUCUCCUCGGGAGGAGAUGUCCGCGGCAUCACGACAGCAGCUCUCUGACGAACCGGUUGUGUUGAUUCUGAAUCACACCGGCUGAAAAACGUUGGAGUUUCUCUAAGAUGACACGGACACAUCCCCCUGAUAUUCUGGCAUCAACUCUGUAUCAGGAUAUUGCACUAAACCCUAACCAAGACAAUUAUAUUACUCUCCACUCCUCAAAGCAAUGUGACUUGAAAAUGAUUGACAAAUCAGAGAUCAUUAACAAAAGACACUGCCGCAGUUUUGACUUCAUCGAGUCACUGGAUGAUCCACAACCUUUUUCCUCCUCAAUGGAGUACUCUAACAAGAGGUCAGAACAUCAGAACUUAAACAAAGAUCUCUGGAACGGAUUGGAUCAGCCAGGACAUCUUCGCUUUUCGUCUCCUGAUCUUUUCAACAACAAACACUACCAGCAGAACAGUGCACGAGACAAGAGCAGCUAUCUUACUUGGUCAGAUUCCAAAAGGAGAUCAAGAUCUCGAAGUGCUCCCAGGAUUAAAGCUACUCUAACACCUGUGCCCAUCACUGUAUCUUCACCAGGAGACAGGAAGGGGAGGGAAGGAUCUGCCACAGUAGAUGCCUCAAGGACCUCUGAGACAUCACGAGAAUCUUCAAAUAGAGCUUUCUUGAAUGAGGUGCACCCUAUCAAACUGCAGCCUCACUCCCCUCUCUAUGUUUCUGACUGUUUUGUAGAGGAAAAAACAGAAAAAACUGCUGCAACUCCUCAUGUUAGAUGCCGUGUUGACAUCAAACCAGAUGCUGCUGUCCUGCAGCACACUUUGGGACAAGUUCCCAAUACACAGACGGAAAAUCUUUGGCAAAGACAUUCUCAGGCAAGUAGCAGGGGAGGUUUGUAUGUACCACGGCAGUUUGUCUCCUCACCAACACCCACUCCAAGUGAAUGCUACAGUGGAGAUUUUAGACAUGGAUAUCACUAUAGCAGCAGAAUGUCUCCCAUCUCUUACCAGCAUGUAGAUGCACACAGAAUAUCCUCACCAACAGUUCCAUAUCUGAGUCAAGAGCAGAGAGCUUUCUCUAAUCCAAACAUACCAACUAAGUUUUUCUACACAGAGGACCCUGUUCGAUACACCGUUCAUCCUCACUCAAGGGCCUACAUUCAGGAUGAUCGCUCCAGUCUUACCAGCUUUGGUAGUACAAUGACAAGUCAGUAUGAUCCCAGUGCUCGAUGGGUGCAAACCCUUCCAGUAAGGUCGUAUUAUUCUGACCACCGUACCAACAGAGAACCAGCACUGUCAGUAUACAGCAGGCCCUACUCUACAACCGAGGCAGGGCCAUAUUUUUCUCAAACUCCACUGUCUAGAGCUUACUAUGGAGAAGAGAAUCGGUUCUAUCCAUAUCAUGUAAGUGGUCCAAGGUUUUAUCCCAAAUCAAUCGGCUCUCCUGAGGAACAGUACUUUUCACAAAGGAUGUAUCACACAGAGGGUCGUCAUCGCCCUCGUUUCUCGCAUGCUUUUUCAGAUGACUGGUAUCGUUCAAGUAUAUCUGGCUAUUCUAAUCAUUCCUCCCAUUCCACACCACUGAGUGGAAAGCAAGACAUUAGUGUAGCCCCAUGGUUUACUAACAGCUGCACAGACACAAGUCGGCUUGGAGCAGAUGUGAAAAACCAGUCCAAGUCCUGGGACAAUAUUCUGUAUCCAAGGCAUGAAAGGGAGCAAACUGUGCCACGUGGACGCAGUUAUGAGAACCUUUUUUACCAAGCAGGGCAUGGGACAUCCUCUGAUGCUACAUCUAAACCUGUAAUACUAAACCUUUCAAGUUCACCAAGGCGAUAUGCUGCUCUUUCUCUCUCAGAAAACUCAUUGGAGAGGGGUUCUAACAACCACUGGAGGAACACCAGAAGUCAGCACUGGUUUGUCACCCCAGAAAUCACCAUAACAGACAAUGACAUAUGUGGAGAAAACAGCAGGCGGCGUGAGGUUCACUCUGUUAGCUGGAACACCUUAGGCAGUGAGAAGACACCAACUCAAAAGCAGCUUUCCAACACAACAGAAAUAACCAAAGAAAGGAAACACAACAAUUUCUCCCUUCAGCAGAGUCUAGAGCAACUGGAUGAACUAUUGGCUGAUUUGGUUGUUGACUACAAACCACCUACUACCAAAAAGUCAAAUGAAAAUCUUUUAGACCAGUUAAAACAACUGAUCACUGAUGAUGAUGACAAAGAGAAAGAAGCAUCUGGACUUGAAGACUUAGAAUGUCUGAACACACACCUCCCAUCCUCAAAAUCCAGUCCUGACACAAUUAAAGAUCCUGACAGUGGCUGUGAUGCUCUACAGAGGAGUGCAGAGGAAUGUUCUCCAGACCACAGCACAGAUGAAGAUGAAAUUAUGGUUUGUGGUAAUAAAAAGUGCAACCAAUCUGAAAAUAUGUUCAAUGCAUGCUUGUAUUUUAAAUCUUGUCACAGCUGCUACACCUUCUACUGCUCACGAAACUGCCGCAGGGACGACUGGGAAACCCACAAAGAAACUUGCUUGUACGGUCGCGUCAGCAGUGUCUGUCGGCAUACUCUUAAAUUCUGCAGAGAGAAUUCAGAGAUCCACAAAGCCUUUUCACGUAUUGCGAAAGCUGGCUACCUUUCCAGAGGAAGAGGCGUUCUCUUUCUAGGUUUUGCAAAUCCAGAAACAGCAGAUCACUUUCUGCAGGUUGGACUGGAAAGCCUCCUUAUUUCUCCCACAUACUUAUCUCUGAGAGAGCUUGAUGGCUUCAGGGACAACUUAGGUGAAUACUGCAAAGAAUUGCAGCAGGCAGGUAAUGAAUAUGACCCAAAUGAAUGUUUCCUUCUAAAUGUAUCCAUAGCUGUUGGUGAACUAGUGCCUAAUAGACCAUCACCAAGAGUCCAAGCCCCGACAGUUCGGAAAUAUGCAAAGGUGUCCCUGGCUUCUUCAAGUCCUGAUAAAAAGGUACUUAAAAAGGAUGCUGAAAUGGAAACUCUCAUCCUCACUCCGCCUCCAGGCACACCGGACAUUGACAAGGAGGGAGAGGAAGGACGAAAAGCCAGGGAGGUGUGCUUUGUCAACAUCCAGCGUGAGCUCAGGACCAGGGGAGUCUUCCUCCGCCAUGAAUACCCCAAAAUCUAUAACCAGCUUUGUGAGUUUGUGGAGACCAACAAAAGAUUCACUCCUACCACGAUUUAUCCAAUAGAUAAGAGAACAGGGAAACAGUUUAUGUGCAUGAUCAUGGCUGCAUCGGAGCCAAGGACCCUAGACUGGUUGGGAACACCUCAUCUCUUGGACGAUAUUAUAUAGUAUAGCACUAAAUACAUGUUAAUGAUGUCAGCAACACUAAAUGUACCGAUUGUUGAUACAUUCUGUGUAAUUUACCAAAUUGAUUUAGUUACCAAACAUUUAUUUUAAAACAUGUAUGUAUAUAGAGAUGUUUUCUCCUACUUAGUUCUGUUGCCACACACAGUCAAAUGAUUACACCCGCAGCAAACCUAAUCUUUUACACGUUUGCUAAUGUUGGUUUUGUCUCAACCCUAUUGCACUCUGAGGAGUUAAUAGCCUGCAUGUAGACUAGGCUGAAACUCAGCAAUCUAGGUCUUAAGAUGUACAAAGAUGUUAUAAAGCACAGAACUAUUCCAGCAGCGCACAUGUAUUGGCGUCCACGUAACAGUUGGCACAGCCAUAUUCCAUUUUGCUGUAGUGAUUUGCUUUCUAUUAACUCUUUUAUCAGGAAUUAAUAUUAGACACUGCAGCAGAGCUUGUAAAAUCACAUUUGUUAUUCAGUAUUUAAGUAACAUUUCCUUGGUAGUUGUGUCGCUAUUCAUUUUAUUCUUAUAAUAUUAGUUUGUUUUUGAAGACAAGUAAAAACCAUCCAACCUUUCAUUUUAUCAAGGAAUAUAGCUGCAGCAUAUUUUAGCUUGUGGAAGAGGCUUGAUGUCAUUCUUGUAUAUAUUGCUUUGUUUGAAAGUGGCCUUCAGUUGAAAACAAACAAAUGCAUUUGACACAAAGCAUUGUAUGGGGAUAGCUAUUUUUAAAGGUUUGACAGCUCUAGACAGGUUCAAUGAUCUACCAUUGUAAAUAGAUAAUUAUUUUGCUCAAAGGCAUGUUAUUUAUAUUCAGAUAUUUUAAUAUUGCUUUUGCUUUUAAGCAAAUUAAUGAUGUAAGUAAUAUACCAUUUGAGGCUUAGAGACAUAGGAGGUAUAAAAACUGAGUUAUUUGAACAUCUUGACAUAUAUCUGAAACUACAUACCACAAUAUGUCCUUGAUUAGAGUAUAUGCAAUGAAGGAGCAACUUUGACAUUGGUAUUACAAAACCCUAUUUUAAUAUUCACAUAGAAUAUCUCCCUUGAAUUAAGUAAGAGCUUAAAAGACUUUUUGCACUAAAGCGUACAUGUUUUUUUAGAUUGUUUCUAAUAAAGUUGCAGCACUUAUCUCAGAAAUGCCUGCUGUAAUUGCCAUUGUUCACUAAUAUAAGAAUGCUCUUUUACUUGUUCAUCAAUCUUUGUGCAAGACUUUCCUCGAGUUUCUAUUUUGUGAUGUUUAUAACCUACAUAUAAAUAUAAUAAAUGGACUUUAAAGAGUGACAA